GUGAAUUUCAUUUUGGAAAAAGGCCAAACAGGAGAUUUUCAAAAAAUCAUCCUGUGUAGGCGCGAUCGAAAAGUCGAAAAUAGACAACAAUGCACUUUUAUUUUUAGAGUUUCGAGUUCCUGGUUUUGUAAAAAUUAGGUCGUUUGAAUUAAAUUUAGAAAACUAUUAAUGAUAUAAAACUAUGAACCAACGCACCGCAAACCGCUUAAACACCGCUAUAAACCAAUAUUUGGAUAGUCGCGAUUUGCUGGAUAAAAAUCCAGGGUGGGUAAUACAGGAAUCUCUGGUGGGUGGACUAGGGGUGUUCGCCACUCGGGACUUACAACCAGGCGAAGUGAUUUUUAGAGAUUCUCCAGUCAUAAUCGGACCUCGUUGUUUGCCAGAUUGUUCUAGAAUUUGUGCAAGUUGCUUAAGUAAAACACCUUUAAAACAAUGCAAAAAUGGUUGCGGGUUGGAUUUGUGCCUCAACUGUCCGAGUACGGGGCACCAGAACCAAUGCGAAUUCAUUCGCAAGUGUUUGCCGAAAAGUGUCGCUCUGACUGAGGAUUUUCGAAAAACCCUUUACGAAAACUACACGCCAAUCACCAGCUUGUUUUUGAGCGAAAAAGACAAAGACGUCAUUAGGUGUCUUAUUGCGCACGACAGAGACAGACAUGGUCAUGAAAUUGACAGCUUAAAAACCAUCGGGCUUCAGUUUGAAAAAAACGACGAAAAAUUCAUGAGGUUUGUUUGUUGCGCUAUGGACGCCAAUGCUUUUGAAGUUACUGUUGGCACAAAUGAGUCACAAACUAGCGUAAGAGGUCUUUAUCCGUUGGGUAGCCUUGCGAACCAUUCAUGCGUACCGAACACCACCCACGUGUUCGACAAUGACCAACGCAUGAUAGCAACUGCCUCAAAAUUCAUCGAAAAACAUUCGGAAAUUUUCCAGUCCUACACGAGACUCACUUGGGGUACCGCUGCUCGAUUGUACCACUUGCACAUUACCAAACAUUUUGUUUGCAAAUGUCCUAGGUGCAAAGAUCCUACGGAGUUUGGUACCUUUAUGGGUUCCGUUUUGUGUAAAUUGUGCCGAGGCAUCGUGAGCCCUUUGAAUCCGUUCAAAGCCGCCGCCAGGUGGCGCUGUCGCGAUUGUCAAAACGUCAUCACCGGCAAAGAUACCGGAGAACUUAUGACUUUGUUAGGUUCCAUUUUGAAAAACAUGGCUUCAGACGAUUUUCCAUUUAUGUUGAAAUUUCUCAAUGGGAAGUUGAAAGACGUCGUGCCCGAUGAUAAUCAGGUGGCUGUCGAGUUGAAAUUUAAAAUUGUGUGGAUUUUGGGGCACAGAAACGGGUACAAAUGGAACGACCUGCCAACCGAAUUGUUGCAAAUAAAAAAAACCAUUUGCGAAGAUCUACUGCAACUUUUGGAAAAACUGCGUUGCGGUCAGAGUAAAAUGCGCGGUUUGUUACUCUACGAGCUCUUUUGUUGCAAACGAGAAUUUUACAAUAGAGACAACAAGCAAAUUACGGAAAUUCAAGCCUUACUGCACGAAGCGGCUUUGAUUUUGAAAUACGAUGCAACUGCAAACGAAGAACUUAAAAAUGCUUGGAAAAUCGAUUCGAUUUGACAAUAAAGUUGUUUUGAA